AUGGCGCCAGGAGUUCUUGCACGCUCUCCUUCUCCGGAGCCACCCCUCAGUGCCAAGCUUCCGAGACCAGAAGCCCAAGAGAUAGUCGCUGAUAUUAUCGAGCUUCUCUCAUCAAUAGUUGAGUAUACUGAGUAUACAUACGAGGAAGUUGAGCCCGAAGACGGUUUACUGGUCGCUCGGACAUUGGUAGAACACCCCGACGUGGAGAGAAGAACAUCUAGAGUCAGCUACAAUUCUUUGGAGAAGACCCUCUGGGUUCGUGCGAUGCCGACAUAUCUUCACGACGCUCAUCAACAGUGGGUGAUGUCCUCUAUGUUAGAUUGGGCCUAUGACGGCUUGGUCAAGAAGGGUGAACAUCUCAAGAUUGCCUUCGGUGUGGGAACGAGAUUUGAAGGAUUCAUCGGUGCUUACACAUCUUCGUCUAAAGAGCCAGAUCUAUACCUUUCCGCCCGUACCGAUAGAAUGCCAUCAGUUGUGAUUGAAUCAGGAUGGUCCGAAAGUUUUCCGCGUCUGCGAAUAGACAAGGACUUGUGGUUGGCCGGCACAGUUGAAGUGGAAUAUGUUAUACUCUUGAAGUGGAGCAAGGUGCGUAAUAAUAAGGUCAAAGGAACUAUUGAAGUCUGGGGCCGCGGGAACACGGGUAGCCUCCUUAAUCGUGAGCUGGUAGUAUUUCCUAAGCCCGAUCCUCUGCCUAUUGAUGACUCCAUCCAUUUUACGAAACAGCAGUUGUUUGGUGCAAACCCCGUGUCCAACCCAUCCACUGUGCUUUCCUUUGAGAUUCCAAGGCUUCGGGAAAUUGCCGAGGAAAUUUUGGGGGACUUGAUGGGGCUCAGCCCAGGUUAA